CUAUCGCUGACGAACACUAUACACUUUUGUAUUGUGAAUACUGGCGAUUGUGUCCUACCUAGGCAGUUCGCGUACGGGACCGCAUACGCCGCCUUGUAGGGUAGCCCGUAGCGGAGCCGUCGGAAAUGGGGAUGGAUAUCUGGGCUAUACUAACUACACGGUUCUACCGCGCACCCGCUGACGACGGUGGUUGGGAUGUCAGGAAGUGACUCAUUUUCUCCAAUCGAGCGCCGUUCCUGGGGUCGGAGUACUGCCUAUUCUAUCACACGACAUCGUAUACAUAUAAACAAGGCUCCCGGGUUAGAAUAACGGGAUGGCAUGUAGGUAUGAAUUGGAUCAAAACAAACAGACAAGCAAGCGAGAGAGCAAUUGCCUGAAUUCCUGGUAUAUGAGACAAAGGUAAGACCUUAAUUCCGACACUAAUUAAUCACUUCAUACCUUCGACCAAAAAUGGCUAGACCCUACCCCGUCCCGGACGCUACUAUCCCGUACUGGCGGACGGAGCUACACGAACUCGACUCGCACCGUAGCACGGCGGAGCUCCCGCAGAAACAGGACAUUGUUAUCAUCGGGGCCGGGUUCGCGGGCGCGGCUUUGGCCCGCUAUUUACUCGAGGACUCGCCCUCGGGGAAACCGAGUAUUACGAUCUUGGAGGCGCGGGAGGCUUGCUCUGGGGCUACGGGUAGGAAUGGCGGCCAUCUCCGCCCGGACCUGUUCGUAAGCCUCGCGGCGCGGAUGCAAGAGCAAGGUCUCAAGACCGCGAACUCCGUCGCCGUAUUCGAGGUCGCGAACGAGAAAGCCGUGGCUGCUCUCGUGGCGGAGGAGAAUAUCGCGUGUGAUCUACAGCAGGUGACUACGGCGGACACGUUUGUUGACCAGGCCGAAGCGGCGAAGAUUAAGAAAUUGUGGGAUGUUAUGGUGAGGUUGGAUUGUCCUACCUUGAAGGGGGUUACGUGCUAUGGGCCUGAGGACGCGGAGAGAGUUACUGGUGUUAAGGAUGCGAAGAUCGCGUUCACGUACCCUGCGCAUACGCUCUGGCCGUAUAAACUGGUCAUGCAUAUUCUGGCUGGAGCUGUGAGACGGGGCGUUAAUUUACAGACGCAUACGCCUGUUUACGAGGUUUCUAACACGCCGGAUGGGGAGGGAUACUGGACGCUUUCGACGUCGAGGGGAGUUAUUAAGGCGAGGAAGGUGGUGUUUGCGACGAAUGCGUAUACGAGCGGUUUGUUGCCCGAGUAUGACGACGCUAUCUAUCCUGCGCGCGGGACGGUGUGUAGGGUUGUGCCGAAGACGCCGGUGGAUGUUAAGCUCGGGUCUUGCGCCGUGGAGAUUAGGAGCCCGGCUUCGGUUGAUUGCUAUUAUGGCGCGAGACCCGAUGGGAGCUUGGUUAUUGGCGGCGCGAAGACUAUGUUUGAGGACCGCAAGAAUUUAUGGCAUAGGAAUUAUGACGACUCGACGCUGAUCGAACCUGCGGUGCCGUAUUUUCCUAUCUGGCCCGGCAAGGCGCUGGCUGGGUGGGAAGGGAACACGGUGGAGUUGGAUAGGGUGUGGACGGGGAUUAUGGGGUAUUCUGCAGACGACACGCCGCACAUCGGUCCCGUGUCCUCGAAGCCGGGGCUGUACAUCUGCGCCGGAUUUAACGGACACGGAAUGCCUAACGUGCUCCUGUGCGCCAAGGGGUUGGCGAUGAUGAUUAGAGACGGCUGUCCCUUUUCGCAGACGGGAGUCCCGGCUUGCUACGAGACGGGCGCGGAGAGGCUCAGAAAGAUAUCUAAGCGUAAUGCGGCUCCUGUCAUAAACCGUGCGAGGGCGGAUAUCUUCUUGAAGCAUAGCUAUGGGUCGUAGUGGGCUUGGAUGACUUGCUGGCAGCUGGCCGCAAGGGGUAGAUGGGGUUGUUGAGUUGUUAAAGGGGCUGUGGUGAUAUUUAUAUAAAUUUAUGAAUUAGGUACGAUGAUUUAUGAAGAGUCUAAUGCAUAGGGGUCCAUUAUGUCUUGGAGGUUGGGGUUGGAGGUUGGACGAAGCUUCUCAGGAGUAUGUAUGCACCUCAUACGAUCCAAAACCCAAUCUGAUGCUGCUCGGACAAGUUCAGGGUGAUGUGAGAUUAG